CAUAACAAAAUUCCAAUAAUUGACUUAUCUUUAGGGGAUCAAACAUUAAAUUAGCCUACCACUUAAGAACACAACUCAAAACCAACCUUCAAUUACAUGCAACUAGGCAUAUUUAUAUUGGACUAUUCAUUAUUGGUAGGGUUUCUUAUUAUAUGAAGUAUAACCUUGAGAAAUCUUAUCAUUAAGAUCACUAUAUAUAUCAUGCAAUUUCCUUAAGCUUCUUCAAUCCAACAACACACGUCCUAGUUUAAUUUGUUAGCUAAAUUUGCUCGUCAUUUGGCUAACAAACUUCCUUUAAUUUUGAAUAAUAAUACAAAUUAUGGCAUCAUCUUCUUUCUUAGCUGUGUUUGUAGUUGUGGCUUUACUUGUGGUUUCUUUAGGGAGUUCAAAUGCUCAACUUACGACGAACUUCUACUCUAGCUCUUGUCCCAAUCUCUUAUCUACCGUAAAGUCUGUUGUGCAAUCCGCUAUCAACAAAGAGGCUAGGAUGGGUGCUUCGCUCCUUCGUCUAUUUUUUCAUGACUGCUUUGUCAAUGGAUGUGAUGGAUCAGUCCUACUAGAUGAUACUUCUAGUUUUACUGGUGAGAAAACCGCUAUUCCCAAUAGUGGUUCACUAAGAGGAUUUGAAGUAAUCGACCAAAUAAAAACCGCGGUUGAGAAAGCUUGUCCUGGAGUUGUCUCAUGUGCUGAUGUUUUGACCAUUACUGCAAGAGAUUCCGUUGUCAUUCUUGGAGGACCAACUUGGAAUGUGAAGCUAGGAAGAAGAGAUGCUACAACGGCUAGCUUAUCUGCUGCUAACAACAAUAUCCCAGCACCAACCUCAAGCCUUAGUGCUCUCAUCACUAGUUUCAAAAAUCAAGGGCUUUCCACCACCGAUAUGGUUGCUUUAUCUGGUGCCCACACAAUUGGACAAGCAAGGUGCACAAGUUUCAGGACGCGCAUAUACAAUGAGAGCAACAUUGACGCAUCAUUUGCCAAAACAAGGCAAGGAAAUUGUCCAAGUGCUAGUAAUUCAGGCGACAACAACUUAGCACCGUUGGAUGUCCAAACCCCAACUUCCUUUGAUAACGACUACUACAAGAACCUUGUUAGCCAAAAGGGUCUUCUACACUCCGAUCAACAAUUGUUUAGUGGUGGUUCCACCAAUGCUCUCGUCCAAACUUAUAGUAGCAAGCCUAGCCAAUUUAACUCCGAUUUUGUCACCGCCAUGAUCAACAUGGGUGAUAUUAAGCCGCUCACCGGAUCCAAUGGUGAGAUUAGGAAAAAUUGUAGGAAGGUUAACUAGUUUAAAUAACUUGUGGUUGUAAGUAAUAUAUGAGCAUAUAACUAUGUAAUGCUUGUUAUAGUUGGGUAAUUUGGUUCAAAAGAGCCUAGGUGUGCUUAUAGCUUUCAUCUUGUCGUCACAAUUGCCAGUUGAACUUGUGUUCUAAGAGUUUGUUGUAAUUGUAAAAUGUUCUAUGAAUCGAAUUGGAGUUUAAUUAUUAUGUCC